CUCUGUCCUUUCGAUAUCCACCCAUUCCUCGGGUCCGGGAGGCGUUCGCGUGGAUGGAACAAAUGGCGAUCAAUGAAUCUUAUCACGACUAUGAGAAGCCAAAUGAUGGCCGACUGCUUCCGCAAUCACUAAUAGACGGGAAUCUUCCGCCUCGUUCUAGCCUUGCCACUGUAUUCUCACUUCCCAAUGUUGGUUACUCUGUGAAACGAUAGGACCGGGACAGCGAUAAAGUGGGCGGUCCUCCAAAACCGAU